AUGCCCGUUUUCGUGGUUUGCGUCUCAGCCUUGUGUCGGCUUGAUUAUGCCACGCAAGUCACUGACAUUGGAGCAGAGCUCAUCAACGAGAUGGGCCUCUCUUACACCGUGUAUUACACUGCUGGGUGCUGGCCUCCAGCAGGUCCCCUAGACGCCUUGCAACGACGGGCUCACUGCAACCCUGAAGACUUCGAGAUUGCGGCCAGCGAGUUCGAUGCACUCACCGGGUCCUUGUUGCGGGUGAGGAACGUCACCAAGCUCAAUGCAAAGCGUUUGACUGCUGUGAAGGUGACACCUGAUUGGCGUUUCGUGACCUUUCUUGGAUCCCUGAAAGAGGAUGUGGGGAACCUUUACGCAGUGGAUGCCCAAGACAAGGAUGCCUUGAAGGCCAUCCCGCUGCUGAGCCAUGCUCAGCUUUCUGCCUUGGAUGCUGCUUGUGAGAUGCACACCCAGCAAGUGCAGGAGGUCCUAGAGGACGGUCUGUUUAAAGCAAUGCGGUUUUGUUCGCAGGCGCGCCUCAGCGGCUUCAAACACCUGCAGGUGAUCAUCCCCGGCAUCCCAGCAUUAGAGUUUGGUGGCUCCUUGCAGGGGCUUCCAGCACAGCCCUGGGGUACUUCGUUGGUCUACCGCGCGGCUUUCAGCUUCACAUGCCGGCAAGCGAUGCCCGUGGUGGAAGCCGUGCCCAUUCAGUUUUCCAAGUUGGCAGUGGUUGACUUCCAGCUGAAGAACCUCACCGGCGCCCGGGCUGGGCCCCAGGCCUUUGCGGCCUCCCAGGUCCGGGUGCUCAACACCCGGCCGGUGGCACCACCGAAUGCCGAUGAGGGCGCCACUAGCAAGGCGCAUCGAUAUUUGUCGCACUGCUGCCCACGCUUUGUACCAAGUAAGCAGGGCGCUGAGUUGCUCUUCGUGGCCGAAGACGUGGCACCUGAAGUGCAAAGCAGCAACUGGGCCCCGGAGGUCUCCCUGCCGCAGCGGCUGCUUGCACAGAUGCAGCAUGUCAUUGGUCUAAGCUCCAAAGCCAUCUUCCAGAUCCUUCCACUCCCCUUUGCUGAAAGCCAAAUCUGGCUCUGCCAGGCAUGGAAGGAUGUUCCUCAGACGCCCGGAGUCCGUGGAGCGAUUUCCGACAAGGAGAUGUCCCAGGCAAUGGAGCGACACGAGGCACAAGUCUUGGCUCAGGGAUACACAGGUUUCGAUUUCUUCCUUUUGCAAGCGCUAAAGGGAGCCCUCCCAUGCAAGGAGAUCAACGCAGACUCGCAGAUGUGGCUUGGCUUGGAUGCGAACAACGCUUUCGAUGGGCCAACACGAGAUGCCCUUCGCACCAGUGAGUGGCUGCCCAGAAUUCGUAGUAGCUCUGUCUUGGGCAUCGAUGCUCAAGUCCUGGCGGGCUCGUUGGCAGCCGGGCCCAGCAUGGGUCAGGUGAGCUUCCGCCAGUUGCUUUACAACGUGAAAAGCCUUGGCCAUGGCCUUGUGCUAGGUGGUUGCAAGCCCAUUCGAGCUGCGGGGCGACAGGGGCAUAUGCGCAUGGAAGCUGCGCUGGAAAGCGUCAAGAAGACGCUGCGUAUUAGCGAUAGUCGAGGCAAAUACACCACCUGGUUGGCGUGCCUAACAACUGAUCAGAAGGUCGCUAUUGUGGAAAGUGAAGACACCAAGAAUUGGAUCAACAUGUCAAUGCCAUAUCCCUUUUGGACCCGCAACCAUCCCUUCGUUUGGUGCUUACAUGAGCACCAAGAGUCUUGCUUUGAAGUUUGGUCCAACCCGAACCCCAACGAGUGA